AUGAUCGCGCUGGCUCUCUGGUUUGUUGUCGCCUCGCUCGUGCAGGCUGCCUCGAUCGAUUCACUGUACCCGAACCUGACGGACCCGUCGGUCAUCACGCAAAACACGUACAAUGCCAUCAUGAAGGGAGCCAAGCAUGAGUCGCGUACGUCCGCGUCGGAUGGCUCGUACAACUACUGCUCGAUGCCGCAUCCGUCGACGAGCUUUUACAAGGAACCGGAGCCGAUCAAGAACGGCACGGCGAAGGCGAAGCUGUCGAACGUGCUCUACAUCCAGCGCCACCAGAAGCGCACGGCGUACCACAUUUAUCCGCACGGCGAGAACCAAGUGUACGACUGCACGGAUGUGCGUCCGUCCGGCAUGGCGAGUCCCAGCAAUGGCGAUCUCGCGCAGCCCAUGCCGGUGUAUGCAGCUACGUACGUGGACGAGAGCAACCCACUCAACGACGCGUUCACCAAGUCCACGUGUCAGUUCCCGCAGCUCACGAUCGGUGGGUUCUUGGACGGUGUGCAGCACGGCCAGGAACUGCGUGCUCUGUACGGCGACAAGUACCAGGUGAUUCCCUCGGACCCGUCGCCAGAGACGGUGUGGCUGCGCUCGUCGACGGCGGCGCUGACGCAGAACUCGGCCUCGGGCGUGCUGCGUGGCCUGUGGCCGAACGUGACGCGCCCGCUGCCGCUGCACCAGGAGUCGGACAACAUCGAUACGCACGAGCCGCCGUGUGAUCGCAAGAGCGCGCUUCUCUCGGCGUCGAAGGAGGCGGACGUGUGGAAGAAGCACUUGGACGUCACGGCCUCGCUGCGCAAGGAGCUCGAGUCGAUGCUGGGCACCGACGAGAGCGACUGGCAGGCGGACUGGGACCACUACAACGACAACUUCCAAGCGCGUUUGUGCAAUGGCUACGACCUGCCGUGUGCGCAGGACGGCUCAGGCAAGUGUGUCACAAAGGAGCAGGCGAACGCUGUGUUCACGGCUGGCGACUGGGAGUACAACUACUACUGGGUCGCGCGUGAGAAUGUGACGGAGGCCAUUCAGCUCACGAGCGGCCUGUACAUUGCGGACCUGAUUGAGCAGCUGCGUGGCAUGGCUGACGGCUCGUCGACGCUGCGCUACAUCCACCACUUUAUGCACGACGGCGAUAUCGGUCCGUUGGCCGGCUCGCUCGGUAUCGAGUCGCUGCGCUGGCCUGGUAUGGCGUCGAACAUUGCGCUGGAGCUCUGGAAGACGGACGACCACCAGACGUAUGUCCGUGUGCUGUACGGGGGACAGACCAUUCGCUCGCGCCACGGUCAUUUCGAGUGGAUGCCCGCCGACCAGUUCCUCUCGCUCUGGCAAAAGUACGUGCCCCACAACUUUGUGCAGCAGUGCAGCCAGGCGUAG